CACUAACAGCUUUGGACUUACAGUUGCCCAAGUAGGUUCCCAUAGUGAUCCGUUGGUUCGACGACUCGGAGCUGCCCAGCGAUCCAUUGUUCAAGGCUUUGGUAGCUCCAAGCAUUUGCUUCUCGUCAAUUCUAGAAGAAGAAUGAGGAGCUCCCUUUUCUAUCAUACAACUUGUUCCCUGUGGAGAAGAAGAGGACCAACAGCCAAACCCUACUAUUGUUUCCUAUCCUCCGCUUCCUUCUCCACUGCGGACUAUGACAAUGGCGACGCCUUUCAAAGCAAUCCUUCUAAAGUCAAGAUCUUCGACCGCCACCUCAAACGCAAACAUCGUGAUCGAGCUGCGUGGUUGCUGCGUCCCAAUGAUUCCUUUGUAGAUGCCGUAGCUGAGAAUCUGUUAGAUCGCUUGGAGGACUGUAAGAAAACAUUUGCUACAGCAUUGUGUCUGGGAGGCUCUUUGCAGGCUGUGAGGCAAUUGCUCCGGGGUCGUGGUGAAAUUGAUAAGUUAAUCAUGAUGGAUACUUCAUAUGAUAUGGUAAAGAGGUGCAAAAGUUCUCUACCAGAUUCCUGUAAUGAAAAUAUUGAAACAUCAUAUGUGGUUGGCGAUGAGGAGUUUCUGCCCAUUAAAGAAAGUUCAGUAGAUCUGGUAAUCAGUUGCCUAGGCCUCCAUUGGACAAAUGAUCUUCCAGGUGCCAUGAUACAGUGUAAGCUGGCAUUGAAGCCGGAUGGCCUAUUCUUAGCAGCUAUUCUUGGAGGCGAAACUUUAAAGGAGCUUCGCAUAGCAUGCACCGUGGCUCAAAUGGAGCGUGAAGGAGGCAUUAGUCCUCGGUUAUCACCUUUGGCACAGGUCAGGGAUGCAGGCAACCUUUUGACCAGGGCAGGGUUUGCACUUCCUGGUGUUGAUGUUGAUGAAUAUGUGGUUAGGUAUAAGAGCGCCUUGGACCUAAUAGAACAUCUGCGAGAAAUGGGUGAAACUAAUGCUCUGCUGCAAAGGAGCAAUAUCCUGAAGAGGGAAACAGCUCUAGCAACUGCAGCUAUCUAUGAUGCGUUGUUUGCAGCUGAAGAUGGCACCAUCCCUGCAACUUUCCAGGUGAUCUACAUGACAGGGUGGACAGAACAUCCUUCUCAACAGAAGGCCAAAAGGAGGGGUUCCGCCACUGUAUCCUUCAAAGACAUCCAGAAACAAUUUGGAAGUGGGGGUUGAUCUCUCUCUGUGCAGUGUUGUACAUUCAUUUAUGUGAAGAAUAAGUGAACCCCAGAGCUGAGCAGUAUAAUCAAGCAAACACAAGGAGGGGCUAGGUAAAGAAAGAAAAAGAAAAAGAAAAAGAUUAAAGAUGAUGUGAAUAAAUUCUUUACCUUGUAAAGUUCAGAUGUUUCGGAAAUGUGGGUGAUGCCGAGGGAUGCAUAUAAUCUAACUCGAUUAAGUAAGAUUAAGGUAUCUUACAAACACUACUAGUAGUUAGCAAUAAUUGUUUUGAGUUGUUCAAUCAUUAGGUUAUUAUGAGUUUUGAGUCAUUUUGGUUAAGAUCAAGUUGGCUGCUUGAGUUGAUUUAAGGUCAAGUCAUUUCAUGUCAAUUCAAGUCACAAAUUAGAUUGUCUUGGAUUGAAUUAUUUCGAGGUUGAGUUGUUUAAUUACUGAAUUAUUACAAGUUUUGGAUUUUUAUUAAUCAGAUUGUUUCGACCGACCGAAUUGAUUACAAGUUGAGCAUUCGAAUUCGCGUUAAUUUGACUCACAAUUUUGUCGAAUUAUAUUAUUUCGGAUUGAAUCACUUGAAGUUUGGGUUG